GACAUUCUCAUAAGAGUUACACGUUUCACACGUGUAUGCAUUAUUUACAAGGUUUGUCCUAAAUUAUCACAAUUAAGUGAACUACAUUGGUAAAAUGAUCACUGAUGAAAUGAGAUAAGUAAUUUCAUACCACAUGAUAUACGUUUAAGAUAUUUUAUAUCAUAACAUAUAUGGCAAUUUAAUUGAUUGUACUUAACCCCACACGUGAUUAGCACCUUAACAUACUAACCGGGUGAUUUAUGGACUAUAGGCUGAAUCGUCAAUAUCUAACUGCAUUUCAUAAACUCGUUACAUGCAGUUCAAGUUAAGUUCAAGUUCUUUAUUACUUUAAGCAUUUCGGCUCAUCCGUAGACAUGUGAAUAUUCAUAUUAUAACAAAAUCAUUGAUCACUUUCGCACCACACCCACAUCGACACAUGAACGCGAUAUAUAACGUUUACAUACAUGUAUAUACAUUGAAUUUCAACUUCACCAAACCUUAAGGUACAGACAAUAAACAAAGCCUUUGUUAAAUGUCACUGAGAUGCACACAUGUACACCACAUACAGUAUCAAACUCAUUGUCGACGUUUGUAUUCGAAACCAGUUAUGACUGGUUAUCUCUAGUCUCGGCAAACAAUGUGAAUACUAACUAACUAUGUAUAUGGGCUGGAGUAUAAAAUGAUAGAACGUAUUGUGUCUGGCUCAAACUCUCAUCGCUACAGCUAAAGGUGCGUCCACUAUAUUAAGGCAAUGCAUAACGCUGUUAGAAAAGAAACGUUUUAAUUAAUGUGGUAGAAUUUAUAUGACUGUCGAUUAUAUAACCGAUGUGGAAACUUACCAAUGAUUUCCUUUAAUUAUCUAUGUGUAUCAACUAAUAUUUAUUUGUAAAUAAUUUACAUGCGGGUUUUGUCGCCUAAAUAUCAAAUAUACAUAGAAAUUUCCAAUUUUUCAAAAAUUGUCAGAUUGGUCAUGGAGGAAGUGAAACCAUUAUUGCAUGUGAAGCCCAGAACGUACGUCCGCCGAUGGUGGGUUCUCUGUUACUUCAGCUUGGCAUGUAUGUUUACCACCUGUAGCUGGAAUUCAUGGGGACCAAUCACAGAGUCCGUUAAAUACGGGUUCGGAUGGGGCGACUCCGUUAUAGCGGAUAUCCUUAAUAUCGGACGGCUGGCAAUGUUUUUAUGUAUCAUUCCACUGAGUUACCUGCUUGACACGAAAGGAAUCCGCCAUGGCAUGGUAACAAGUAACGCUCUUUUGCUGGUGGGAUACGUAUUACGCUGUCUCAUCAAUCAAACAACAUCCACGUGGCCGGCGUUACUUGGACAAUUUAUGAUUGGUUGCGGAAAUGUGAUAGGAUACAGUGGACCGUCAGCUAUGUCGGUGGUAUGGUUUCCACAUAACGAGCGAGCCACAGCCACCUCUAUAGCAGUAAUGAGUACAUACAUUGGCCUCGGAGUCGCCUAUGUCAUUAAUCCUCUACUGGUAUCGACACCUAUAUUUGGUCAGGAGGCGACCCCAUACCGAAACGUCAGUCAUCGCGGACGUAUAAACUAUACCGAUCAUGACCUUAGUCUCGCCGCUAACAAUGGUAGCAUUAGCAAUGUUGUUUUGAACAAAAACACCAUACAAGAGGAGACAAUGACCUUGAUGUACAUAGAAACGGGGAUAACAGCAGUGUUCGUGCUAGUAGGCAUAGUUCUUGUUCCAAAUGCCCCGCCAACUCCUCCUUCUCAUAGUGCCAAUGCAGCAAGAAUGGCAUACACCAAGGUGUUCUUACACCUCAUUAGAAAGAAGCUGGAUGGCUUGGGUUUGCUAGUCUCAUAGCAAGCAGUGUCGUGGGAUUUAUAAGUGCAAGGUUUUCUGACGUGUGUGCUCGGAGGUUGAAGACGAUCUUGAUGAUCAUGUUGGUUAUCGCUAGUCUCAUGUACCUGUGGGUUUCCUUGUUAUGUAGUCAGUACAUCGACUAUAGUAAAGAACAAUUAUACGUGUCGACAAUCCUAGCCUGUGCCUUCCUCAAUGGCUGUGUACCUUUACUUUAUGAACAGAUAUGUAAUGCUGCCUUCCCUAUCCCAGAGGGAAUCAUUAUUGGAAUAUCUGGCCUCAUGACGAUGUUAGGUGGCAUAUUUUAUAUGUUGCCAAUCUCCCUCGUCCAGUUUGAAGAUAACUCCUGGCUGGAAUGGGCUAUCCUAGUGGUAUGUGUUGCCGGAUGUAUUGUUAUACUUAUUAUUCCUCAAAGGAACGGACGGGCCGAUCUGGAUGUGUCUAUCCGUGUUUCUAAAACCGGCUAUUAUCAAAGACUAGAAACAGAACAAAAAGACUUACUUAUCACAGAGCACAAAGUUCCAGAAAAUACUUAAGUAUGUCGAACGUGUAUAAAAUAAACUUUCUAUUGAAAGCUGACAUAUUAUAAUGUAUCACAAAAGAUGAUGUUUGCCUUGAAUCGUGUUUUAUAUUUGUUAUGCUAUAUCUGUACAUUAUUUGUUGUUAUUUAUUGGAUGUCAUAUAGAGCGUCAGUUAUUUCUCAUGCAUUUGAGUGGAUUUUGUUUACUGUUUUGAUGCCAAUACAUGUCCAUGGUUUUCUUAAAUGCGUUUUAUCAUGUUGUCUAAAUAGUUAAAUAAAAGUAUAUCAUCUAA